AUGUCUCAAAAUAAUACACAAGGCUCACCAUCAACAUUCAAAAGGCAUCUAACGAAUCAUAGUACACUUGGGGAUGAUGCUAGAUACGUAAACAAUAAAAGACAACGUCAAAAUAGUCAGGACAACAUCGACAAAGUCUAUGAUAAUGACGAACGGUUCGACGAAUGGACUGAUCCGAAUAUUCACAAUUCCAUUAGUUUUAAUGAUAAUCAAGAUGACAACGAUAAUAAUCAAACGCAUAUUUCCAACCAGGCUGUCAACUAUGCAACCGAUUGCCAUUUUCCACCGAUCAAAAUCAUAUGCACACCUAAAAUACAAAAUCAAAAUGGAGCUUAUUUCGUACAAACACUAAUAAAACACAUUGAAAAGAAAUUUAAGAACGAAAACCCCACAUGCAAGAAACUAUUAGCUUUUGAUGCAUGGUGGGUAAAUGCAGAAGGUGAUAUGAUGGUUCUAACGAAAUAUGAAAUUCGACAAGAAGUAAAAGGUAAAUAUUUUUCUCAAUAUUCAUGCAAUGAAUUAAUUGAAACUAAAACAAAUCGAACAAGACAUGUUAGAAUUGACUUUACGAAACGAAAAGACUACAACACUAUACUCAACAAUGGACAAAUAUCAUUUUGUAGUCAACUUUAUACAGUGAGUGAAUUUCUUGAAGUUCCGAAAUUAUUGAUCUGCUCAAAAUGUAACUCUCCUGGACACAUGAAAAAGCAAUUCCAGAGUAAGUAUGAUCGUUGUCGUCGUUGUGGAGGGGACAGGACAAUCGGCGAUCAUGUUGAGUGUUCAAUAAAAUGUCAUCAUUGCAGUGGUGAACAUUUAUCUACAGAUUAUAAAUGCCCAAUUCUUGCUGAUUAUCGAUUUGAACUUGUUAAAGAACUAAAACGUCAUCCUGAACGUCUACCUGAACAUGUACAACUAUUUAUACCAGUACAAUGUCGGGAUAGGAAUGACCGUUCUCAUGUUAUUACAAAUUAUCAAAAAAAUGAACAAAAAAGUAGAGCAACAUAUAAUUCAGCAUUUAACAUGAAUACUCAUUCUUGGCCUCAACUUAACUCUAAUUCACGCACAGUUAGCAAUGAAACGUUAUUUACGCAAAAACUUGACGAGGAAAUUAAAUCGAUACGGGAAGAUUUCAAAAAAGAAUUAAACAAACUGAACGCAAAAUAUGAAAAUCAAACAAAUAUUUUUCGAGAUCGAUGGCAUCUAGUUGCUCAACAAAUUAAAACACAAAAUGAAAUGAUUAAUAACAUAUCGACUACAACUCUAUCAUGUAUUAUGCCAAUGGGAAUAGAUCUACUUAGAACUACAUCGGAAGUUUUAAAAUCACUUCGCAACAACGAACAAAACGAAGAGACAAAAAACAAACUUAAUGAUUCUGCUGAACAAUUACGAUUACAUAUGAAUAAAUUUUCCGAACACUUCCAUAUAUUACAACAGUAUCAAGAGAAGAUUUCUUUAUUAAUGGAUAAACAAACAACAUCUUUAAUUGGAGCAAUUAAUACAUUAUCAUAUAUAAAUGAAUAG